UUGUCCGACACGUUCGAAUGCAUCACACUGGCGGUGCAACAGCGACCCCUAGCGCCUGCACGGAGCUCCAAUAGGCAGGAAAAGUGUUUGGGAAGUGGACGCAGUGGCAGCCUCAGACAGAAACAGGACAUCGGGGGAGGAAAAGGGCGGAGGAAAGUGAACCGUUGACAGCAGCAGACAAAAUACCGGCGGGGAGAAAUAAUUGAAUGGGUGGCUUCUGAUACUGAGACACUAAUUCGCCAAAGGUGGAGAGCAUAUGGCCGUAAGGCGGCCUUGUUGUCCACGCUGUUGACGUCCAUCACCAUCAAGAGACCAGAGGCGGUGGAGGGCCAUGAAGGGUGAGGGGCUGGGAGAGUGAGGAAUAGGCCCUGCGGUGAGAUGAAACUUAAACAGCGCAUGGUGGUCCUGUGUGCCGUGCUCCUCCUGCUGGGCCUCGCCAAGAUCUUUCUGCUGGAUGGCGGUGAGGGCUCGGCCGCCAGCAGACGGGACCUCAGGGCCUUUCGCAAGAUGGAGGCGGGUCUGUCGCUGUCACGGGGGGCUCGCCUUGCCCACACCCUCCAGUCACCCUGGGAGAUAGCGAGCCAGUGGGUGGGUCCUCGGGAGGUGUAUCCCGAGGAGACCCCCGAGCUGGCCGCUGUGCUCACCGCCCUCAGCACCGCCCGCAUUGAGCGGGCCGAUGUGGGCUACAAGGGCACACAGCUCAAAGCCCUGCUGGUUCUGGACGGGGGACAAAAAGUGGUCUUCAAACCCAAAAGGUACAGACGUGACUACAUCGUUGAAGGGGAGCCGUACGCAGGUUACGACCGACACAAUGCAGAGGUGGCUGCCUUCCACCUGGACAGGAUCCUGGGCUUCAGGAGAGCGCCUCUCGUGGUGGGACGAUAUGUCAACCUGCGCACCGAGAUCAAAUCCGUGGCCACCGACCAGCUGCUCAGCACCUUCCUCACGCAGGGCAACAACACAUGCUUCUAUGGGAAGUGCUAUUACUGCCGCGAGAGCGAGCCAGCGUGUGGCGAGGGAGACAUGAUGGAGGGUUCUUUGACCUUGUGGCUGCCAGACGUGUGGCCACUACAGAAACACAGACACCCAUGGGGACGCACCUACAGGGAGGGAAAACUGGCCAGAUGGGAGUAUGAUGAGGGCUACUGCGAGGCGGUAAAGAAAAUGCCACCAUACGACGCAGGGCCGCGGCUGCUGGACGUCAUCGACACGGCCAUAUUUGAUUAUCUCAUCGGGAACGCAGACCGCCACCACUACGAGAGUUUCCAGGAUGAUGGCGGCGCCAGCAUGCUCAUCCUACUGGACAACGCAAAGAGCUUUGGGAACGCUGCUCUGGAUGAGCGAAGCAUCCUGGCGCCGCUCUACCAGUGUUGCAUGAUCCGCGUAUCCACCUGGAACAGGCUAAAUCUGCUAAGAGGCGGAGCACUGAGCUCCGGCCUGCGACAGGCACUGGCAUUUGACCCCAUCCAUCCCGUGCUGGCCGAGCCGCACCUCGCCGCCUUGGACAGGCGUCUCACCGGCAUCAUUGCCAUCGUCAAGCAGUGCAUGGAGGCUCAGGGACCCGACAACACCUUGAUAGAGGACCGAAUGAACCUCCCACACCCUUAAAAGCAGGAUGGCAGAACUGGACUUGGUGGUGAGUGGGAGGUGACCACACGGAUCUACAGGGUGGAACUACCGACUACUGGAUUUCCUUCUUUUCCUUGUUUGCUACGACUGGACGUGACCUUCCUGUCAGGACCAUGCCACGCAUCCACCUUAGCUGUCUCAGGUUUGGGAUGGAAGGCAAGGAUGGUGCAUGCCGGAGGGCAGGUUGCACGGUAAAAGCAAGAGGACGCACACCGAAAAGCAGGCUUGCCAUUUGAAAUGUAGGUUUUUCCACGUGGUACAACCUGGAUUAUUGUCCGUUCUGCUGGAAGUGACAUUGCCUUGACUCAUCAGGUCAAAGCUGCCAAGUGUACAUAACUGAACAAAAGUACCAGACACUGCAAAUGUAUCAUUGUUAUUGUAUUAUUAUUAUUAUUAUUGUGUUCAACUUAAAUGGUGUGUGUGCGUGAGAGAGAGGCUGCCAUACUGUGCCGUUAACAAGCAAGCUACUGACAUCACUGACUUGAAGAAAAAGGGGGCGGGGACACGAGUUAAGCUUCAUCUUCAAUAUUAAACAUGAGUGAUUUGACUU